CAACUGAUCAUAUUGAUCAGUUCUACUGCAAUCUCUAUAUCGACAACAUGUGGGCUUCGACUUUGCUGAUUUCCUUGUCGGCAUUGACUUUGACCAUUCAAGCUGCCUCAGUUAGCCAGGAGUGUGGAAAAUUCAAUGAGGAGCAGUACAAGAAUAACCAAACAAUUACAGAACCUAACGAGCAUCCGUGGGUCGGAAGGAUUGUAAGUAAGGAAAAUUCAAAAUUGGUCUGCGUUGGCAUCCUCAUCGAUGCCCGACAUGUGGUGACAGCUGCUCAUUGUGUUAGUCAUGACGAUGAUGGACCCUCUGGUGUUAUUUUCGGAGACUCUGAUUCCGGGAAUACCAAUCUUAUCGAAUCGAUCACCGUUCACCCCGAUUAUUCACUCACAAAACGUGUAAACGAUUUGGCCAUAAUCAAGUUGACAAAGGAUGUGGAGUUUACAGACUUCGUUCAACCCAUUUGCUUGCCUUCAUCAGAGAUUCCAAAAAUUGGGCCGCCCAAUUUCGAUUUAAUCGCAGCUGGAUACGAAGGACCCUCUAUAAAACGAAUUUCAGAAGGACUCGAAAGAUCGGAAAAGCGCUUUAAAGUGCCCUUUACUAGAACUGACAGCAAUGAGUGCCACAAACUGCAGCCGCGCUUUUCACCGGAGUUGAUUUGCGGUCAAGCCGAAAAGGAUCCUCUUUCUGGAAGUGCCCUGGUGGAGGCUACUGGAAAUCCCCGCAAAUACCAUCUUGUUGGAAUUGCAGUUGUGGGCUUCGGAUCAAUUAACCAAGCUUACCAUGGCUACCUAAACGUACGAUCGUACUUAAAUUGGAUAAAGCAAGAACUCUCAAAGUAAAGAAGGCAUCUUAACUUUUUGAUGGUAUACAUUCAUUUAAAAAAGUUAUUUCUAACUUUAAUUUGCAAUUUAAAUAUUGCAAAUCAGGAAAUAAAUGUUUUUAUAUACUUAUUUCUUUAAAAAAUAUUUUAGAUUUUUUAGUACAUACAUUUUUUUCUAAUUAUGUAUUGUUUUGUUUGUCAUCAAUCUGUAUUAAAGCCAUUUUUAUUGCACUUUAGUCGCUCGUUGACUGGAUUCUCUAAUCUUAAAUAAAUCGGCGCAAAAAUCUAUUUGUUGCUCAAUGCGUAAUUUUAUUUUCCGAAUAGGCAUUUGAACUAAAGCAGAAAUUAUAUUUACUGCGUUCUGUUUAAUAAGAUGUUUAAGAUGUCUUUAGAUUUCAAGUGAAUCCAAAAGAUACCUUAAAUUAUAAAGUAAAUACAUCGCUACUGUAUUUUUUGUGCAUAUAAACAAUAAAUAAGAACCUUAAGUUGAUUGACUGUGAAAUAUAAUAUGCUUUGUUGACAGA